UAAGGUCACAUGUAAAAAACUGUUUUAGCAGGAAUGUAGUCAGACAGGUCCAUACAAAUCACCUAGUCUGCCUGGCUGCACACACAAACACAGUAGGUACAAAUGAAACACGCCCACUAAUUGACAACAUUUCAGAUGUUUCAACUAAUUUCUCUGAACUUUGGCCUCCCAGCUAACACAACUAUCAAAAGUUUAGGUAACUAGCAUAUGGUGAACUUUGGCUGAAAAAUCAUAACUACAGAAUCAAACUGCAAGUCAGCACUGACUCUACAUUGCAUGCACUAAAGUUCCUCUCUCUGUUAAUAUGGAGGCCUUUAUGGCCAAGCAGAAACUUUCAGGAGAGAAGUCAGGGCACAUUUACAAUUCAAACAAAAACUGACAUUGAGUGUACUUGUAGAAGGGUUCCAGCUGGCUGGCUCUUGGAAGUCCGUUGUACAAGCAUUAUUACUACAAAUACCUGUGGAACAGUGAUGUCCUUUUUUUUUAAACUGAAGGGACUCCAUGAGAUGUAAUCCACUGUCAGUGCCGGAAGUCAUUGCACUUGUUUCUGAAGAGAAAAGUUGCCCAAGCCCUGCUACUGUGUAAAAGAGUGAGUUGACAAACAGUACUUAAUGGUGAAGCAAGAAGUCCUUAAGAGGAUGGGCCAACCACAGAAGCCGUAACUCCAGGAAACCACUCUAAACCCAACAGAUUGCUUACAACUUUAAUGAAGACUGCUUCCUCCUGUGAUUAUGAAGCUACAUUUACGUAAUAUACGACACUAUGCUGUGUGCAGUUCACCAGCAGACAAAGAGGGUUAUUUAAGUAAAAAGGGAGAGGUGAACACCUCCUACCAGAGGCGCUGGUUUGUGCUACGGGGCAACAUACUAUUUUAUUUUGAUAAAAAGGGGGAUCGAGAACCCCUGGGGCUCAUCAUCUUGGAAAAUGCAUCGAUUCAGCUGUGCGAGUCAGAUGAAGAACAUGCUUUCUCAAUAGUGUAUGAUGGGCCAGCAAAGCGCACCUAUAAGCUCGCAGCCGAUGACCAGCAAACUCUAGAAGCCUGGCUAAAGGUGUUGCUGUCAUCCACACACUCUUACAUUCAGAUGCUCGUUAAAGACCUUAAAGCUAGGUAUGAAGAAGCCUUCCUCACCACAGGGAGUGACCGGUCCCACCGCCACACAGUGCCAGGCAUCGGUAAUACAUGGGACAAUGUGGCGUACCUAAACAUAGACUGUGCUAGCAGUGCUGUAAGCAUCAAUGCCACACCAGACCUAGUUGGAAGAGAAGGCCGCAGCUACAGCAUGAACUGCAUAUCAAUGGUGCCAUCCAAGCCUCCAAAAAAAGGAUCCAAGCCCUGGUCCAAGCGCCCAGUCACACAGCGACCACAAUCAGAUAAUGUGCACACCACCUUACCAGUGCCACAGGAUGAACACUCCUUUCUCCUGGAGAACUUUUCUGUGCUUCAUGAAAAGUUUGGAUCAGAAAUUAAGGAGCUGCGCCGACAGUGGCAGGAAAAGAAAUGUCUAGAUACAGCAGUUGCAGUGCGGGAUUUGAUAGACUUAAGCUGAUUCAGAGAUGAGUUUUCAAAAUCUGGUGCCUUGCCUGCUGCAUUGAAUCACAAUUUGCCAAACAAAUUAUUAUCAGUUUUAUCUAUGGCACAAUGUACUAUCUGAAAAGAUGUAUGUAUUUGGAACUACUCCCUUAGCAUUAGGCUCGAAGCAGACACCACAAUAAAAAUGCUCGAGGUAGUCAUUAUGCAACAGACAGAUGAUAAUGCAAUAACGCAUAAUUAGUGGAGUUUGAAUAACCCAAGGUAGUAGACGGGACUUGAUGCUUAACAACCAAAAACUGCAAAUAUCCUAAUAUGGCUGUGGCAUUGCUAAAGUAAACUGGCAAGCCACUGAGUCAUACUCUGAGUUCACCCUCUGCACCAUCACUUACUCAUGAAUAACAAAAUAAUGUAUACAAAGUUUGCAUCUUCAAUGAUCGGUAACACUGAGGUUUCACCAUUGUGUGAUGACCUUUGGAGCUCCAUGCUGGUUAUUCUGUAUUUGUGUGGAUUUAUCUGUGUUCAGAGUUACCUCCUUUCUAGUGAUGCUGCCUGGAAUGAUAGUGGACCCCUGUCUUCAAUGGGUUGUUUAUGCCCCCCCCCCAAAACAAACAAACCUUCAGGACAUUCUUUACAUUGAUGUCUGGGCACUGACCUGCUUUGAUUAACCUUAGGCCAUAGCAAAUACCAUGCAAGUCAUUCAAAUCACUUUACUAAAGCAGAAACAUAUUUUGUUGGAACCCAAGCGCAGACCAUGACUUGUUCCACCCAUCACUUGUGUGCUGGAUACCAAAAUGGCAUUCUUGUUUAGGAUGUCUAGACUUGUGGAAGAAUGUCAGUCUUUUUUGGGCACCUGUAACAAUGCCAUUCAAAAGAAACUAACUUUUUAAACCCGGCAAGCCUGCUAUGUAUGUAAUUUAUUUGUUGUAAUUAGGUCCACCUUGGAAAAUGGGUUUUCAUCCCACUAACAUGUCUGUUUAUCUGCACUGUUAUAGACUUUAAUAAAUAAGCUGUUUUUACAAAUGGUUUCACCUCACUGAGCCAGCCAAAUAUAAUUUAAUUUUAAUUUGA